AUGGCGGACUGGAUCAGCAGUGGCGAGAGUUCCGAGAGCGAAGCGGAGAUCAACACCAUCGGAAACGUUCCUCUUCGCUGGUACGACGGCUACGAGCACAUCGGUUAUACCCGCGACGGGGAACCGCUCCGACGCCGUUACCCAGCGAACGCUUUGCAACAGCUUAUAGCAGCUGGAGAUGAUCCCGAAAACUGGCGCAAACUCUAUGACGAGAAAAACGAUCGGGAGAUCGAACUCACAGAUGAAGAUGUCAAGUUGCUCGUACAGUACAAACAGCGCCUGCUAUCGUCGCUGAGCGGUGACGAGGAAAUCAUAGCCUGGGCGCCUCGCCAGGUGCUUCCUCUGCACCAGUCCGAGGAACCCAAACGCAGAUUUCUUCCGUCGAAACAUGAAGCUGCACGCAUUCGCAAGAUCAUUCGAGGACUUGAAGAGGGUCGCAUCGUACCUCUCUCGCAGCGGUACCAGCAGCGAGCACAGCAGCAUGCACGCUGGCGAUAUCCCCAGGUGGACGUAUGGACCGAGGACGACGAUAGCGCAUCGGAUACCCUGGAACGUAAGCAGAGUCGCGCGGCUCGGGCACGUGCUCGCUCCUAUGUCGCUGCACCAAAGCUUGCGCCCCCCGGACACAUCGAGUCGUAUAACCCACCGGACGAAGCGUUACCCACACCCGAGGAACGCGACGCCUGGGAACGAGCAGCACCCGAAGAUCGGCUGUUGCCGUACCUCCCGCAGCGAUUCUCCUCGCUUCGUGCUGUGCCAGCGUACAAAGCGUAUGUUGAAGAGCGCUACAAGCGCUGCUUGGACCUGUAUCUCUGCCCGCGAGUCCUGCGACGUCGCAUGCAGACGCAUGACCCAACGUCUUUAUUGCCAGAGCUACCAGAUCCUUCGGAGCUUGCACCAUUCCCUGCACGUCUUUCGAUGACAUAUUCAGAUGGGAGUCAGCAAUCUGCCGCUGCCCUUCGGUGUGUAGCCGUGCAUCCGCAACUGGGCCACUGGUUAGCAACCGGCUCUGAUGAUGGCCUGGUUCGAGUUUUCGAUGUCAUUACCGGUGCUUUGGUAUGUCGUUUGGACAUGUGCGCCAGGCAUUCAGGAAGCGCACCAGACCUGGCGAAAACAGCGCGCGACCCCGUGGUAUCCCUGGUUUGGCUGCACGCACUCGAGCCGAGCGUACAGGAGAUGCUCCUGCUGGUUGCCGUCGGACGUUGUAUCUACAUCCUCCGCGUCUAUCCGUUGAUCAUGGGACAACGAGCCACAGGUGCGCGCGGAGACGAUCCUGUGCAAACGCCGGAGUCGGCGGUGCCGCAGCGGGCGCCAUCCACCUUGCCGCUUCCCGCUGAUGUACAGUGGCGGGAGCUCAACGACGAGGAUUGCGGGGCGCUGCCACGUGGCACGCUCCUUAUCGAGCACGGCAAGCGAAUUCGACACGUAGCAGUACAUGCACGUUCCGAUUAUAUCGCUGUUGUGGGCAGCGAUAGCAACGGCAGCACAGUCUACGUUCAUCAGUUGUCGCGACGGCAUUCACAGACACCGUUUCGGAAGCACAUUGCGGAUGUUCAGUGCACCGCUUUCCAUCCGAGUCGACCGUUUUUCUUUGUGGCAACGAUGCAGCAUAUUCGGGUGUACUCGCUGGCAACAAGAAGCAUCGUUCAGAAGCUUACACCUCGUGUUCGGUGGCUCUCAACGUUGGAUAUUCAUCCUGGAGGCGAUAACGUGCUCUGCGGGAGCUACGAUAAGCGACUCUGUUGGUUCGAUCUGGAUUACGGCGAGAAACCUUAUCGCGUUAUUCGCAACCAUUCCAUGGCGGUUCGCAAAGUCUGCUUUCAUCCGAGACUGCCGUUGUUCGCCUCAGCUGGCGACGACGGCACCGUGCACGUCUUUCAUGCUACCGUCUACGAUGAUCUCGGGAAGGACCCGUUGCUGGUUCCGUUGCGGAUCCUGCACGGACACCAGGUCAGCCAACGACUCGGCGUCUUCGAUAUCGCCUUCCACCCGCGUCUUCCGUGGUUGUUCAGUGUAGGUGCAGACGGAGCAUGCCACCUCUGGACGGAGGUUUGA